AUUUUCCAUUCUUUGAGUGGGCUCACCCUUGAUAUCACCCCUGAGAGGUUGUAUAUGAAUGCACUGAAUGAACACUUUCUUGUGGUGGUUGAAUUGAUAGCAAUUUUGUGCACAGAAAGAUAUUAUACACCAGCUAUUGGUCAUUGACACAAACACUGAACAAAGUGCUUCAGAGAGAGAGAGAGAGAGAGAGAGAUGGCAGCGGAGGGGCUUGUCAAGGAGUUCUGCGAUGAGACCACUUGCCCAAUCUGCCUGGAAUAUUUCAGAGAGCCAGUGAUCCUAGACUGUGGGCACAAUUUCUGCAGAGGCUGCCUCACCCGAUACUGGGAGGAAUCUAGAGGAGCUGCCUCCUGCCCCCAGUGCAGAGAAGCAAUUCGGCGGAGGAACUUUAGGCCAAACCGGCAGCUGGCAAACGUUGUCGAAAUAGCUAAGAAAUUCAGUCUUCAGGUGGGAGAAGGACCAGGAAGCGGUUGCGAGAGCCACAGCGAGCCGCUGAAGCUUUUCUGCAGGGAGGAUGAAGCCCCCAUCUGUGUGGUGUGUGACAGGUCCAAGGAGCACAGGGAGCACCAGGUGAUUCCUCUGGAGGAGGCUUCCCAAGAGUAUAAGGGAAAAAUCCAGGCUCAGCUACAAUCUUUGGUGGAAGAGAGACAAACGCUUUUGGAAUGGAAACUGGUUGAAGAAGAAAGGAGCCAGACAUAUCUGACAGAGUUAGAGGAGGAGAAGCACAAUGUCACGGGGGCUUUUGAGCGAAUGCACGAUUUUCUUGACAAGCUAGAGCGCUUUUGGCUUGCUGAGCUGGCCGAUCUGGAGAACGAGAUGAAGAAGAGGCAGGAAGAAUAUGUCUCCAGGCUCUCCGAGGAGAUUUCGUGUCUCAGUAGCUUGAUCACAGAGAUGGAGACAAAGUGCCAGCAGCCAGCUCUUGAGUUCCUGCAGGACAUCAGAACCACCUUGAGCAGGUAUCAGGAGGUACAAAUGAGGCAGACCAUGCUGGGAGUGUCUCCAGGCUUGGAAGAGAGACUCGAAAGUUACACUCAGAAGAAUUCAGUUCUAAAGAAUGCUAUGGAAAAAUGUGAAGGGUCACUGACGCAAGCUCUGAACAAAGUGAGUAUCACUCUGGAUCGAGAUACAGCACAUCCCUUCCUCAUUGUAACACAGGAUCUAAAGAGUGUGCGAAGGGGAGAGAAGAAUCAAGGCGUGCCAGACAACUCUGAGAGAUUUGACAAUAUGCUCUAUGUGCUGGGCCAUGCGAGGUUUGCCUCAGGAAGAUAUUGGUGGGAGGUGGGGGUGGAAGAGGAGGAGGAGGAGGAAAGGGACCAGUCAACCUGGGCCGUAGGGGUCGCAAAAGAGUCUGUCAGGCGGAAAGGUUAUAUCUCCAUUCAUCCUACUGAGGGGAUCUGGGCUGUUGGGAAGACAAAGUAUGAGUCAGCCUCACCUGGUCACUUCUGGGCUUUCACUUCCCCUGAGCGGACCCUUUUGAAGUUGGGAUAUGAGCUCAGGAAGAUCCGGGUGUCCCUGGACUACGAUGAGGGGCGUGUGGAAUUUUAUGAUGCUUAUACAGAUGACUUGAUCUUCACUUUCCGUGAAGCCACAUUUUCUGGGGAGAGGAUCCAGCCCUUUUUCUUUGUUUGGUGGGGAGCUGGACUGAAGUGCUGAGGAGAAUCCCUACCACUGGAGGUACCUGUCGAAAUGGACUCAGUUAAGAGAAGGGUAGGGGAGAAGGUGUGAGCAACUGGAGUGCCAUGGAGGAGGGAUUGAGUAAAAUGGGGGCUAGAACAGGCAAGGAGUUCAGGCUGUUGAGGUGAAAAGAUUUCAUAGGAGCUUCAGAAAGAUCCCUGCCUUCAUUUGUUUUAGUUUAUCUAAAUAGGAAAAUAUGCCUAUUGGAGAGCGCACAACAUCAUGCAAACAUGACCAUUUUUUCAAUGGAUACUUGAUUACCUUGAAUGUUACUGGAUUACUGUUAAAAAUAUAUCAAAUUGUGUAACAGAA